UUGAAAAAUAUUGAGUUGGAAAAUCUUAGGAAAACUCAAACACUUGAAAAAAGAGAAAAACCAAAGCUAAAAUCUGUUAUUGAAGAAUUAAACUCUUGCAAAAUGCAGCUUAAAAAAGCUGACAAAUUAUCCAAAUCCAGACUCAGAAGUCUUAGAGAGGAAGCAAAUAAGACACUGCAAACAAUUUUCACUGAGAACCAAAUUAAGAUUCUUACUGGUAAACAAAAGUAUGUUCAUUGGACUAAUGAUGAAAUAUCAAAUGCAUUCACCUUAAGAUACCUGAGUAGGAAGGCAUACAUUUUUGUCAGGAAUAAACUGCAGUACCCACUGCCAGGUGUGAGCUCCUUGAGAAGAUGGGCAAGAACAAUCGAAAUGAGGCAUGGUUUGCUAUCAAGCAUUCUUCGUAUUAUGGAAGUUGCUGGUGAAAAUCUGGACAAUUUUCAAAGGCUGACAGUUUUGUCAUUUGAUGAAAUUAAAGUUGAAAAAACUUUAGAAUAUGAUGCAAUAAAUGAUGAAAUUGUUGGGCCUUUUUCACAAAUGCAAAUUGUAAUGGCACGUGGAUUAAAUAGUAAAUAG